AUGCACCAACUACAGACAAACUUUGAUCUAAAACAGCUCGGGACGGCAAAACUAUUUCUGGGAAUUCAAAUCACUCAAACGCCCACUGGUCUUUUCCUAAGCCAAUCGCACUAUGCUCGUGACAUCCUGCUCUCCUCUGGCUUCGACUCCUGCAAACCAGUUGUCACUCCUAUCUCCCUAAAGUCUUCAAAAGAUAUUGCAGAUCACACUCCAUACGACAACCCCACUCUCUACCAUCAACUUGCAGGAUCCUUACAGUAUCUAACAGUAACCCGACCAGAUAUUGCCUUCACAACCAACAUUAUCUGUCAAAAAAUGCACAGUCCGACUGUCUCUGAUCAUCACCUUCUAAAGUGCCUACUCAGAUAUAUCAAGGGGACAAUGCACUACGGCAUUCCGCUCAAAUCCGGUUCACUACAUCUCUCUACCUACAGUGAUGCGGACUGGGCCGCUAACACAGAGGAUAGAAAAUCGAUUUCAGCAUUCUGCACCUACCUUGGCGACAAUCUCAUAUCUUGGAGCGUGAAGAAACAAUCAACAGUGGCAAGGUCCUCAACAGAGGCUGAAUACAGGGCGUUAGCCGCGGCUACUUCAGACGUCCUUUGGCUACGUCGUCUAAUGGCAGACUUUCAAGUCCCACAACAAACGCCCACACCAAUCUUCUGCGACAACAUCUCUACACUUGCUCUAGCAAACAAUCCAGUGUUUCAUGCGAGAACCAAACACAUAGAGAUUGAUCACCAUUUCAUCAGCGACCACAUCAAAAACAAAACGAUCGAGGUGUCUCACAUUAGCUCACUGGACCAGCCGGCGGACAUUCUCACCAAGCCACUGAAUGCAAUCAGGUUCUCUCUUCUACGCGACAAAUUAACACUCUGUCUCCCAGAGCGUUCAUUUGAGGGGGGGCUGUUAACACACCUCCACUCACCCGCGGUUAACAUCAUCAUCAUGCUCUGCCAUCUCAGCAGUAGUGAACCUCGUCUCACUGAACCCGCAGUCUGGCGCCAACGGCUUCUGACUUACCCAACGGCUUGUCUCCCCAAAAAGCUCUAUAUAAGCGUCUACUGUACACUGCAAAUAUCAUGCUUCUCUAAUGAGAUGAUAUGGCUUCCAUGA